UUAGCGGAGAGACGGGGUGAUUGGAACCGUGGCGGGUCGGUCCCUUUCGUUCGGUCGCGCCCGGAGUUGGCUGCCCCCGCUUCGGCCAUGGGCACUCCUCAAGCAGUUGCUACCACCACUUUACGGGGCUACUGGUGUGGAUUAAUGGAGGGCUGUCUUUAAAAGUGGAGUUCUACUUUCUAUUGCAAGUAGUAUUGGAGAGUGAAAACCUUACCAAAGUACAGGAAUUCGCCAAGUUGAGUAAAGCUGAUAUCGUUUGGCGGUUUUGGAGAGGAUCGACCUUUAUUGAAUCUUCGUUCAAGAAAAAGUGACCUGCAACUGAGAUAUCCCCUGCUAAAGUAGGAAGGAUAGUGCAGUGUCUGUUCUCCAGCGGAAAAGGCAACAUUCCGGUGAAUCUGCUCUACGCAUCCUGCCUGCAGUACUCUUCUCUUAGUCAUGACUCUUGCCAUUUUCUGUCUCUGAGAUCUGUGGGGUCGAUGAAUACAUUCAAGAUGCUGCCUGACUUGCUGAGAUCCUCCACCAUUUUGUGCAUGUUGCCCAAGAUUUCCACCAACUGAAGAAUCUCCUGUGCUUAUGGCAUUCACCAUGUUUUUCCUCUGACUGCUGCUGUCCUAACUUUGAGCCUUCUGCGAUGAUCCAAGUGAAAUGACCAAGAAGCUGGUGCUACGAUGUAAUGGAUAGUUGAAGUCAUGGGAAUUAGACCUGCUAGCUGCCUGAACAUUCCUACCGCGGUGCUGUAUGGUUCCCUGUCACUCUUCGUCUCCAUUCUGCAUAAUGUCUUUCUCCUGUACUAUGUGGAUACAUUUGUAUCUGUUUACAAAAUCGAUAAAUUAUCCUUCUGGAUUGGUGAGACCAUUUUUCUCCUAUGGAAUAGUCUUAAUGAUCCAUUAUUUGGAUGGCUAAGCGACCGCUCAUUUCUGAGCACACAACAGUCGGGUGAAACAAUUUCCUCUCCUGAAGUAGUGUUGAAGAGACUGAAGGCGUUAAUGCGAAAUGGUCCUCUAUUUGCACUCUCUUUCCUCUCAUUCUGGGUGGCAUGGGCCCAGCCAGGAGUACAGUUCCUCAUCUGCCUCUGUUUGUAUGACGGAUUCCUCACUGUUGUGGACCUCAAUCAUAAUGCCUUACUGGCAGACUUGGCAGUAUCAGAAAAGGACAGGACUAGAUUGAAUUUUUACUGUUCACUUUUCAGUGCCCUUGGGUCCCUAUCUGUGUUUAUGUCCUACGCAGUGUGGAACAAGGAAAACUUUGUCUCAUUUAGACUCUUCUGUGCAGCGAUGGCUGCCUUUUCUAUUUUUGGAUUUAGUUUAUGCACUUGGCUUCUCAGACAACGAUUUCAAUCAGAAGUUGAAGUCAAAUAUGCAGAGACUUCCACGUUAAAGGAAUUGUACAUCAGUCCAGCACCUCUUGCCCAAGAGCAGACACUGACACUUGCAGAGUAUUUGAAACAGUUGUCCAGACACCAAAAUUUUGUUUGGUUUGUGUCCAUGAACUUGGUGCAGGUAUUUCACUGCCAUUUCAACAGUAACUUCUUCCCUCUGUUUCUGGAGUAUCUACUUUCAGACAAAAUCUCACUCUCCACAAGUUCCUUUCUCCUAGGUGCUUCGUACAUUGCUCCACAUUUGAACAACCUUUACUUCCUGUCACUGUGCCACAGAUUUGGAGUUUAUGUGGUCAUUCGAUGGUUGUUCUUUCUGAAACUGGUGCUCAGCCUGAUCAUGUUGUUGGCAGGUCCAGAUCAAAUCUACCUACUUUGUUUCUUCAUAGCCAGUAACCGAGUGUUCACAGAGGGGACGUGCAAGCUUCUGAACCUGGUCAUCUCGGAUCUAGUGGAUGAAGAUUUUGUGAUGAACAAGAGGAAGCAGGCAGCUUCAGCCCUGCUGUUUGGCAUGGUUGCCUUGGUGACGAAACCCGGACAGACAUUUGCCCCACUAAUUGGCACUUGGCUUUUGUAUGUUUAUACAGGCUAUGACAUUUUUCAGCAUGAUGCACUACGUGACAUUGUGAGCACAAAGCCAAUAGUGGAACCCAAUGCAGUCUGGCUGAAGGCUAUCCGCCAGGGCUGCUUCUACCUGUUGGUCUUCAUCCCUAUAACGUGUGGUGUGCUGCAGCUUCUAGCCUGGUCUCAGUUCAGCCUCCAUGGUAAACGGCUUCAGGCAAUAAAAUCACUGAGACAGAACACAUAUCAAGAGGGCCUGCGGGACGUAAAGGCUGUGUAAGCCACCAUUCCCAAUCUGUCUACAAUUAUCCGUCCACAUCUGCCAGAUUUCACCUAACUCUACUGACUCAUACUUCAGCUCAGGAUGUGGAAACCUGCAGUGGACCAAUAUAUUUUGUUUAUCUGAACUCCAGAUGUCGAUUAUGUAGCAAAUAUUGACUAAUAGUUAAUUACACAUGUGCCUAACCAAUAUUUUGUUACUUGGCCUUUGAUUCACUAGAGGACCACACAUUGUAUUUGAAGUGUAGGAAAUAUUUUAAUAGCUUACACAUACAAAGUCAUAAGAUCUGCUAUGUUUAUGAUCCGUUAUUGUGCUGUGAAUUUUAUCCAAAUAGAAUUCCCUGAUUGAUUUUGGAGCCAACCUUUUGUAAAAUUGGUUGCAUAAAAAGUUUGGUAUUGUUAUAAUAUUUGUGUCCUUUGUUAAAUGAUAUUUCAGAAUUUAAUAGUACUUUGUAUGUGAAACUGGGAAGACAAACUGUGAUGGAUCUCACCUAUUGUUUUGUUAAGGUCUACGCAAAUUAUAAAUUUCCAGCUCUCUGUGGAAUGAGAAUAAGCAGACUUGCUGAAGGCUUAUUGGACAUGAACUUCAAGCAUCUAGUUUCUCUCAAAUCCUCGUUGAGUUCAAUUGUUCUGCAGCAGCACAGGGACAAGGUUGGCAACAGAGGCCAGUCAUUGGGGCAGAACUUCAGAUCCGACUGUACUUGACCUGGGCCAUACCUACCCAAUGUUGACAACUGGUGGCAAAACAGGAAAUAUCCCGCAAAGGUACCGAAGAAGCUCUGUGGUGUCCUUGAAGAGAAGAAUGCUGACAUUUUGGGUUGAGACCCUGAGUUAGGAUGUCCUUGUUGACUGUCCAAUUCCCUGCAUAGAAACUGCCUUCCUCCAGUGCUUUGUAUGUUGCUCCAGAUUUCCAGUACCUGCAGUCUCUUGAUCUACGGGAAAUAUACCUAUCUAUCAUAUAAAAGUCUUCAAACUUUAUUUCCUUCACCUAGCACUUUCUUAAGAGGUAUUCCUGCUGCCAAAACUUUGCUGUGAAUGAAAGUGAUUCCAGGUCAUAUCGAGGCUAGAUGCUCCAUAUUUUUGUCUACUCCUUGUUUCUCCGCAAGAGUUCAUCCUGCUUGUGUGUUCCAGCUGUGCAAUCAUUCACACCUCUGUUCCAGAUAUAUUGGGUACUAAAGUUGGACAACACCACCUGAAAUUGUCUGUAUGGUGAGACGCUUGUAUGAAUCUGACUAACUGAUAAUCCAGUCUUUUAAAUUCACCGCAGUCUCUCAUUCACCCAGACCGAACCUUGUCAUUGGGAAGAAUGUUUCUGUUUAAGCAACACACAUAAAAAUUGCUGGUGAACGCAGCAGGCCAGGCAGCAUCUAUAGGAAGAGGUACAGUCGACGUUUCGGGCCGAGACCCUUCAUUUCUGUUUGACAAGUUUGCAUACGAUUUUCAGAGUUGCUGGGAGAACCUUUUUUAAAAACUGCAGAGGCCAUUUUCUCUUGCCACGUGGGACACAACUAAAAGAUUCCAGAGUGGAGACGUGAGAACUCAGAUGCUGGAAUCUGACACAAUGCAAGUCACUAGAGGAACUUAGCAGGUCAGGUAGUAUGGAUGGAGGGAAGUGGACAUUCCCCUCCAUCGAUGUGCCUGAUGUGCUGAGUCCCUCUAGUGCUAAGGACUGCUAUACUGAGGUUUCCUUUGCAUACAAAGCCUGCUUUGGUGUUCUUCUGUUUCUAAUCUUGAACCCUCAUCCCUAAGCAGUGUUAAUUUGCACAAUUGAAUGUAUUUUCCACCCCCACCCCGGAGCUGCUCAUUGCCUUCACAAGCCAAGAGCUGCACUUUCCAGUCACAUUAACUGAGUCCUCUAGCUAUCUCCAGUACUCCAGGCCCGGUUUUCCAAACUGCGGAGAGAUGUUCCCAGAGGCUACAUCCCACAUGCAGCGGGUUCUGAUCCUGAUGGAUCCCAUUGGGUUCCGAGUUCAGGGGUCAAUCCAGUAUUGUUCAACGAUCCCGGGAUUUGAUACCGAUAUCUCUGAGCAAGUACUGGGUUACAGCACAUCCUUGUACUGUAAACCUCUGGUAUGAUAGACCUCCUGCUUAUUGAGAAGACAAAUUUGGUGCAUACAGAAGAAUCAGCUAGUAAGAUUGAAAGUAUAUGUGUGUGUAUUUGUGUGAUCACUUGCUUCUCUGGAGUCUUUUCUUCACUGCAUCUGCCAUAAUUUGAGGAAAUGCUCCAGACACAGGUCACUGUGCUGUGGGGUCUAUUCAUUGGACUCUCGAUCGUUUGUGGAGUAUUAUAGGGAAUGGAGAUGAUCAGGAAUCUCUGGUUAUGAUCCACGUGCAUGGACAGGAGUUAGGCUUGAUGGAGAGGCUCAGAACCAGGCUGAUUAUCACUGACGUGUUGUGAAAGUUGUUGUUUUGUGGUAGCAGUGCAGUGCAAUACACAAGACGUACUAUAAAUUAUCGUAAGAAAUAAAUACUAAAUGAAGUAGUGCAAAAUAAUGGGGUAGUGUUCAUGGGUUGGUUCAUUGUUUUAAGAAAUCUGACGGCAGUGUGAGAGAGCCUGUUCUUUAGGGCAUGUCCCAAAAAGUACUCUAUUGGUUCUCCUCCAUCUUUCCUCCUACAAAUCUAUCAGCAGGACACAUUUACCAUUUAAAAAGUUGUUUCCCAUUAAAUGCUUGAGAUACAGGGUCUGAGUAUUAUUAGUCUGUCCUUAUUAAGGGCCUUGCUGUCCUCUCGUUUGCUCGUUAUGUGCGGCAUUGUAUGACAUGGGUGAUCAUGGUCUUUCUAUGACUCUAAUUGUUCUUGGCAAAUUUUUCUACAGAAGUGGUGUUGCCAUUGGCACCUUCUGGGCAGUCUUUACAAGACUGUGACCCCAGCAAUUAUCAAUACUCUUCAGAGAUUGCCUGGUGUUAGUAGUUGCAUAACCAGGAAUUGUGAUGUGCACCAGCUGCUCCCGUGGCUUCACAUGGCCCUGAUUGGUGGUGGAGGGGAGGGAGCUAAGCAGAUGCUACACUUUGCCCAAGGGCAACAGGCUAACAGAGGGAAGGCAGAGACAUAUCCCCAGCCUGUUAUCAUCUAGUAUCUCCGCAACUGUGUAAAGAUCAGAAUUCGGUAGUUUCUCAUUUUGAGAGAGCACAUCAAAGAGAAAGAUUAGCCUUAUUUAUCACCUGUACAUCAAAGCAAUGAGGAUGGUAUUGGGCAGCUACUAGUGUCACCACUCUUCCAGCGCCAACGCAAUGUCCACAAGUUACUAACCCUAACCGUCGUCUUUGGAAUGUGGGAGGAAACCAGAGCACUGAGAGGAAAGGAACAUGGUCACGGUACAAAGUCCUAACAGACAGUGGCAGGAAUUAAACCCCUGUACGCUUUGUUCUGCAACCACUCCUUUGAAGAAAAACCUGCUACAGUUUCAAAAUGUUUUUUUUUAACACUCUUCCUUGUGAUAAUGUAACUGGUUUUAAUUCCCUCUUAUUGGUUACUCUUGUGCCAAUAUUUUCCUUGGCUUGAAUAAUAGACAGGAAGCUGUCAGACAUCCAAUGAGAUUUGCCUCAUCCCUCCCUGGCUGUAGCCCAAGGUAACCCUGUUAUUAGCAUUGGAACCACAGUGCCCAGUUCUCUGGUAGAAUAGCAGAUGAAGCUCCUGACCAAUGGCCUUUUGCUGGCUAUGCACUCAGCAGUAGAAACAUUGAUGGAAAAAGAUUCUGAUAUGAGAUUACUGGUGGGAAUCUUCCUGGGAGUUUCUUUCUACAGGAUAGCCCUGGAGAAUAAAUUGGUUCUGAUUUUGUCUAGACAUGCUUGACAAAAUUAGCUUAACAAGUCAAAAAAAUUUAGACAAAAAUUACUCCGUGAUAAUCAUGCCUCCACAGUAUUGAAUAGCAUCAGAAAUACAAGACUGAUUUUUUAAAAAGUCUCUAAAACUAGAGAGAAAAUUAGUUCUGUUACUUGUAAGAGCAAGCUUGUGCUGGAACUUUUCAACAUUGCAGGAGCUGGUUCUUAUGUAAACAUUAGAGAUUCUGCUGAUGCUGAAAAUCUAACACAACACAUCACACAUGCUGGAAGAAUUCAGCAUCUAUGGUGAAUAAACAGUAAUAGGCUGAGGCCCCCGAACACUAUUCUGACAUUUCCUCCCACCUUUCCAGUCCAGAUGAAGCGCCACUGCCUAAAACAUCAACUGCUUGUUCCCCUCCCCAGAAUCUGCUUAACACGUUCAGUUCCUCUAGCAUUUUGUAAGUGUUUCUCUAGUUCAUAUGUGAGGUGUUCAUAACCCAGAGAUGGUCUCUAGUUGUUUUUGAGGUAGAGUCCAAUCUCACUUUCGCACCAAAUGACAAGAGAAAGGCUGAUCACAGGUUAUUGAGUCUACUUUUUGCAGUUCAAGUAUCCCGUGCCAGUUUAAAAGUUACAGCUAUGCUGUCGGUCCAAAAUUGGUCUCUGAUCUGGUUUGGGAGUAAAGCAUCUACGUCCACACGAGACCGGAUAAUUUUGAAAACGCCGGUUUCGUGUAAAAACAACAGGCGUCCACAGGCGUUUUUAAAAAUACCUUCGUCGACAUUAAAACGGGUAUUUGGCCGAAUCUCCUCCUACUGGGCAUGCGCUGGACACGGAAAACAAGCGAAGAGGAAGCGAUAUACUCGGUGCGCGUUUGUCCAGUUACAGACUAGAAAAACUUUAAAGGGAAUUGCCAGACGAAAGACUUGGUGCGCGUUUGUCCAGAAACAUCAUCUACAGCCAUAGUCUCUUCACCGAUGAAAGGGACGACAGCUACAACUAAAUGCAAUAAGGCUUGUUACUGGGCAAAAGUAAAAUUUGCUGUUACCUCGUUUGUUUGCCUUUACUUUUACCAUGGCUUUGUAUUAUUUUGCUGUAUUUAACAUGUGCAAUAAAACGAGUUACUGGGCAAAAGUGACAAUUGCAUCUUUUGAAUGUUUGCACAAGCAAUACAUUAAUAAGCACCUUGUUAAAUGUAUAAAACAUGUCUGCGUCAGUGUUAUCUUGUAUUUCCAUACAAUGUUACAUUAGACUGUUACACAUCUAUUGUCAGAUAUUGUUGUGGUGUUGGAGGUUGCGUUCAAGAAAACAAUGAAAUGCCGCGUCUCCGUCGGCGUUUGUUCCGGCGUCAUGACAGCGUUUUUAAACUUAGCCGGUUACCCCGUACACACUACAACAGCCAACUGGCGUUUUCAGAUUUAAACACUCUAGACAGCGUCUCUGAAAAUCUCUGUUUUCGGGGGAGGAAAACGCCGUUUCAGCGUGGAUGGAGGGUCAAAACGAAGAGAAAAGGCUUCGGUUGCGGAUUUAUCCGGUCUAGUGAGGAUAAUUCCUGUGCUUCACACCUAAGGAGUGCUAAAGAAUUGCAGCUGCAUUCUUUUUCCUGAUCUUUCCGUGGUUUGUGAGUUCAAGAUUGUUACAGAGGAACCUUAUGAAAGUAAUCCAGAUGUAUUCCUGUCAUUUUCUGUUCCCAGGAUAUUUAAAUAUCCAAGUGUUGAGAAGUAUUAACCAUGAUGCAUUGAUCAAGUUGCAUUGAGCCAUUAAGUUCCAUUCAAUCAACACACAUCAAAGUUG